ACAGAGCUCAAAUGGUACUGGGGACUAAGGCCUCCCUGGCUGAUAGUGACAGAUGCUUGUAAGGGGCGAGAUACAUGGGGAACAAACACCCCAGGGUUAAAAAGCAGAGAAUAGAAUCUGGUGAUUCCAAAGGUUGCAGUUCAGCAGUAUUUUUUGAGGCCCAGGGAGAAACCAUCUCUUGCAAAGAUGAUUUAAGCCAGGGGGUUCUCAAACUUCAUUGCAUCAUGACUCCCUUCUGACAACAAAAAUUACUACAGGACCCUGGGCGGAAGGCAAAAAGGGUGGAACCUGAGCCCUGCCACCCCAGGCUGAAGCUCUUGGGCUUCAGCUUCAGCCCCAGCAAAUUUAACGCUGGCCCUGGAAACCCCCAUUAAAAUGGGGUCACAACCCACUUUGAGGUCCCGACCCACAGUUUGAGAACUGCUGAUCGAAGCGUACUCAGGGAGUGGGAGCGUGGAAUCCCAGCCAGGGGUAUCAUACCAGCUUUCUCUUCAGUUUGGGGGUUGGAAUUUUAAGAGGGGCUCCUACUCGCUGCCACAAGCUCCUUAUGGCACUUAAAUGAUUGGAGUGAUGGAGCUCUAGAGAAGGUUAAACUGCCUAGCUGCUUUCUGCUUGAGGCUGGAAACAAACUGUUUCACGUUCAGUGGCAAUUUUUCAGAAUCUGUGGAAACUUCCAAGGUGAUGUGAAAGGUGAUGUAACCGAGACUUCUUUAGUCUCAGUCUCCCUCUGUCUUUUAUACAUCCACUUACUGAUUCAUGAGCCAAAUAAAGCGAAGCCAAAAUAAUUUACAUGUUGAAAAGGAGGUAUUUGAAGAUAUACAUUAAAAUAGGGCUAGCCUGCUUUCAUGUACACAUUCAUUCACAUGUGUGAUAAAUAUUUGUGUACACAUUCUCUGUUAUUACUUUUCAAAUCUGCACACUGCUACAUGGAGACAGCACCGAUUAUAAGAAACAGGAAUAAGUAUAUUCUGUCUGUCUUAGGCAUGCCAGUUACCGUAGACUCUGGGCAAAGAGAGCUAUACAUUCCUGGAUAGAUAGCAGAUGUUAACUUUGUGAAUAGUGCUUCCUCAUAUUUAUAUUAGAGUUUAAAGAUGAAUCUUGAUCUUUAACCAAAAAUAAAUGGGGAUUUAUCUUGGGCUUCAAAUGUUGAUUUCAAAUUUUGCAUCUUGUAUGUUUCACUAUCACCAAACAAUGUCAACAGAAGAGGAAAAUUUAGAAAAAUAGUUAAAUAUUAAACGUUGAUGGACAUAGUUAGCAUAGACAUUCUGGGGUCAGUACAACCCAUACUUCCAGUGCCUUGAAGGGUUUGCUCUCAGCAAAAUUGUUGUGGUUCUGUUGUGCACAGUGGAGUCAGGGUAUGUAUGUGCUCUUCCCACACCCACUGCCACUGAUUCAGAGUCCAGCUUGGUGUUGGCUCCAGGUAUCAGAGUGCAGGUGGAGCAGGGACUGAAGAUCUGCUGCCAAAUGGAAUCUUUCACUGGGAGGGACCUGAAGUAGUUUCCACGGAGGAGCUCUACAGACUUGCAAGAUAGAUGUUUCCAUCUUGUGUACUGCACUGUUACUUGAGGAUUUUAUACUCUGUGUAGAUGAAUGAGAAUUUGAAGAAUCCUUUCUGCUGACACUAAUGGUAACAAGACUAGGUACAGUGAUGGUUUUCCGCUUUUUUGCUCUGUGGACAACUUCACAAGAAAAAGAAUCCUCUUAUGGAUCAUCCCCCACCUCCCACAGUACUUCUUGAAAUGUUCCUUUUUUGUGAGUUACUAGGAAGGGCUCCACGAGUCAUGGAUAACUUUUUUUUUUAAUUAAUUGAAAGGUUUGGGGAAGUAUUAUUGCAUGUCUCAGUGAAUUCAAAGAUGACACAUGUGCCAUGCUUACUGAUUGUAUCUUCCUAGAGAUUAUUACUUUGAACUUAACCUGGAGUGUAAUGCCUGUUAUUUUGAAUAACAAGGUGGAGGAUGGAAUGAAAGUCCAAGUAGUUAUCAUUGGAUGGGCAUGCACAAUCUUGUGCUCGCUUUCGUACACUGCUGCCUUCUCCCAUGGUGCAAGUCUUUCUGCCUGUGGUGACAUGACACCCAAACAUAUAAGAGCUCAGCUUCAGAGCCCCCGGAACAACUAUAUCACUAUCCACACCAAUAUGUCCUUCUACUUUCCAGGUGAUAAGGUACCAGUGACAGUGAGGAGCACUCGUGAUUUCAUGGGCUUUUUGCUUCAAGCUCGCAGGGUAUCUAAUGAUCAAGUUGCUGGCACUUUUGUUUUCAUUCCUCCGGGUUCCAAAUUGCUGACUUGUUUUGAAGAUGGUGAUUCUGUAACCCAUUCUGACAAAUCACUGAAGAGAAACCUGUCAUUUGUGUGGAAGGCACCUGCCCAGCCCAUUGGAGACAUUAAGUUCUUUUUAUCGGUAGUCCAGUCAUAUUUUGUUUACUGGGUAAGGAUUGAAUCUGCUAUUGUAUCCCACCAAAUACAAAACAGAACUCCUGCUGAUAGUAUCAAGAAAUCCAGCAUUAUAAUGCCAACACCACUGCAAAAACCUACUGAUCUAAAAGUAACAGUUACAGCAAGCAAAGGUUCUACAGCACCCAACAGUAUUACUGUCUUUACUCAGUCUGAAAAAUUUAUGCCUGCCAGACUGACUAGAAUUGCAGUGACGAAAGUACUGGAGCCUGCUUUUGGAAGCAGACAAGACACAGAGCAACUUGAUAAGGGAAAGCAACACUCUGAGACCUCUGUGGAUUCAGUAGCCUUGAGGGUCAGCAGCAGACAUGGAAGAGGGCAAGCCAACAGAAGCAGCAUCUACAGUGAUCAAAGCCUGGAGCCAUCACUUAAGUUUCAAGGGCUGGACAUGGCGAACAUCUUGCAAAGUUUCAUUUUACAAGAUUAUACCUCCAGCCCCAGCACACCUGAUGGACCACCAAGCAUCUCAGGUGCUUCCACAUCACAGUUGUGUUUGACAUGUAAGGAAGAUAUACAGGAGAUUGCUGUGAAUGCCAACCAGGAGAUGACAAAAGCUGUGUUGCAUGCUACAGCUUCACUUUCCACCCAGCUUUGGUACACUUACCUGCUUGCAGUUCCAGGGACAGUGUCACAGCAUAGAGACAGGGAGGCUGACUUGGAUGUCUCCAGCAGUUUAUCAUCAGCUUCGAGGCAGAUGGCAGAGAGACGGUCAGUGACACAGAAGGCUUCAGCAAACUUCUUGCUGCAGUCAGAACAAGCAGUUUCCGGAGGGGAGGAGGAGAACCAAGAGGAGGUUGCUGGGAAUACACUUCCAUGGGUGACCCGACCCAUGCCUGAUGCUGCUGUUCCUGAGAAAGGAGCAGAACACCCCAGAAGAGGGACACAAUUCAUAGCAGCCCAACUUGGCAUUCUCCUUGGCUGUACGGCUGCCCUCGGCAUGGUCCUGGCUGCUGGGCUGCGCUGCAUCCAUGCCCAGUAUUGUCACAAGCGAACAGAAGUGUCCUUUAGUGAACCAGACAACGAUGUCAUCACAAUGAGAGAAGGUGGGGAGAUGAUGCAAUUCAGAAAGAUACGGGAAAACAGCUUUGUCCUGGUGCAGGCCGAGUACAACUGGAUCAGCCCAUCAGGCAAUGGAAAAAAGACAGUCAUCUAAAAAUACCUGAAAAUCCCACAUAGUGCUUUAUAGAUUAGGUAGCGUCAUAUGUAGGGCAAAUUGUAAAAAUUAAUCAGAAUGACUAACGUGAAUACAGGAAGCUGUUGUAGUGUAGCUCCUAUAUAUAAAGCCAUCUCAGUAAAUAUACUCAAACUGAAAAAUUAUGGAAGUAGAUGCAUGUUCUGAUCACAGUACAAAUGCAUGCAACUUAGUUACAGAUGUUAUGAAAAUUAGAUGUUCUAAAUUACAGAUGCUAUGAAAAUAUAAGUAGACGUAUUGUUUAAAGUGUUAAACUUAACACAAUAAAUAUUGUAUAGCUACUCAUUAACUGUGCUAUUGUAGCCAUUACAUUUCCUUUGUUGCCUUAAGGUAUAAUCAAAAAUAGAAAUUAUUCCACUGCA